AUGUCGAUAAGUCUAUUUUUAUUAUUUAUUCUACUUAAUAUUAUUAAACCAAUUCAUACAGCAAUUCAACGUUUACCAUCAAUAUCUUUACUUGAACAAAGUACAAUCGGAACAUCAAUAUAUGAUUUAAGCCGUGUUUAUUCAUCAUCAUCAUCAAAAAAUACCAUUCAAUUUUCAUUUUUAUCAGAUUCAAGUCCACAUAAUUCAUUUUUUAUGAUCGAUUCAUUAACAGGACGUAUAUCUAUAAAACGUAUGAUUGAUAGAGAAGAAUUAUGUCAAACACAUACAUGUAAUUGUGAACGUUGUUUAUUAACAUUAGAAUUAAUAGCAUCAUCACAAACAGUUGAUAUUUUAUCAUUAGAUAUAGUUAUUGAAAAUAUUAAUGAUAAUCAACCAAUAUUUCCUGUAUCAACAUUUCAAAUACGUUUAUCAGAAAAUACCGAUAUUGGACAUGUUAGUUCAUUUCCAUCAGCAACUGAUUUAGAUUAUCAAGAUCAUUUAGAAUAUCGUAUUGUACCAAUUGAUAAAACAAAUAAUCAAGAACUUCUUGAAACAUUUUCAAUUAUUAAUUUACAAACUGAAAAUCAACUUGGUUUACGUUUAUUAAAAUCUCUUGAUCGAGAAAAACGUAAUUUAUAUCAAAUGAAAAUUUUAGCUAGUGAUGGUGAACAUACAGGUGAAUUAUUAUUAGAUGUUUAUAUUCUUGAUUCAAAUGAUAAUGUACCUAAAUUUGAACAUGAACAAUAUCAUAUUAAAUUAAAAGAAGAUACAACUAUUGGUACUGAACUUUUUCAAAUACAUGCUGAUGAUAAAGAUGAAGGUUUAAAUGCUUUAAUUAAUUAUACAAUUAUUACUGAUAAUCCAUCUUCUUCAUUUCCGUUUGAAAUUAAUAUAAGAACUGGGAUUGUUAAAUUAAUUCAAUUAUUAGAUUAUGAAUAUGAAACAAAUUAUCAUUUUAGUGUUCGAGCACGAGAUAAUGGACCUGAUGCAGUGAGUGUCUAUACUCAAGUACAAAUUGACAUACUUGACGUAAAUGAUAGUCCACCGGAUAUUGAUUUUAUAUUACCAGAUAGUAAUCCACAGAAAAAUAUUUUUUAUAUUGAAGAAGAAAAAGAAAUAAAUACACGUUUAUUUCAUUUAAGUGUUAGUGAUAAAGAUUCAGUUAAUAAUAAAAUUCUAUUAAAAUUAUUAACAUAUCAAAAUUUAUUUCAAUUAAAUGAACAAUAUAAUGAUUUAUACAACUUAAUUAUUAUUGGACGACUUGAUAGAGAACAGCAAGAAGAAUAUAAAUUAAUUUUUGAGGCAACAGACCAAGGUGCAGAACGAUCGUUGACAAUUCAAAAAAAUAUAACAAUUAGUUUAAUCGAUAUUAAUGAUUCUCCACCAAUACUUGAUCCUUUUCCAACACCUAUUCGUAUUAAUGAAAAUAAUCCUUCAAAUAUUCGUUUAAUUCAAUUUCAUGCUCGAGAUCUUGAUGCACCCAAUACAUCAAAUAGUCUUCUAUCUUAUUCACUUCUACCUUCAAAUGAUUCUCGAUUUUUUCAUAUAAAUUCUCAAAGCGGAAUACUUUCCGUUGGAAAUAUCUCAUUUGAUUAUGAAUCAAAAUCUAUUUAUAAUUUAAUAUUAAAUAUAUCUGAUCACGGAACUAAUCCUAAACGAUUAGAAACAAUUCAACCAUUAAUUAUUCAUAUCAAUAAUAUUAAUGAUAAUAUCCCUAUAUUCGAACAAAAAUCAUAUGUAUUUCAAUUAGCUGAAAAUGUUCCUAUUGGAACAUUAAUAGGUCAAGUGAAAGCAAUUGAUUCUGAUUUAAAUUCAACAAUUCAUUAUGAGUUAUCAUCUUCGGAGUAUCAAGAUAUCUUCUAUCUUGAUUACUUAACUGGUCAAUUACAUACAAAAGCAUUACUUGAUUAUGAAACUCAUCCAAUAUAUCAUUUAAAUAUCACUGCUAAAGAUAAUGAUAUAUUUUAUUCUGAUGAUGUAUUAGUUACAAUUGAAUUACUUGAUAUUAAUGAUAAUUCACCAAUUAUUGAUACUUCAUCAUCGAUUUAUAUUUCAAAUGAAAUUUUACAAAAAAAUAUCUCUGAAAUAAUUUUAAUUACAACAAUAAUUGCGCGAGAUCGUGAUUCAGGAAAAAAUGGCAAUUUAACAUAUGAAAUUAUUAAUAAUAAUGAAAAUAAUUAUUUUCAAAUUAACUCUUUUAAUGGAACAAUAACAGCAAAAUUAAUUAAUUUACCGCAAGGUCAUCAUCGUUUAACAAUAAAAGUUUGUGAUCAAGGUGAAUAUUUAGAACAAAAAUGUUCAACAACGAUAUUAAAUAUUCAAAUUGGUGAAAAUUCUAAUACAUUAUUUUAUUCAAAAGAUAAUUUAAUAGAUAAAAAAUUAGUUAAUGAUGAUCAAACUAUAUCAAAUGAAAUGGUCAUUGUUGUUAUUAUCUCAUCUAUAUUUACACUCGUAUUUAGUAUUACAAUGGGUAUUUUUUGUGCUGUAUUUUGUAAACAAAAACGAUGUCAUCAUAUACAUCGAUCAUCAUUAAAAACGCCGUGUGAAUUACUUCAAUCAUCGGAUGCUGACAAACUUCUUUCAACAAAUAAUACUAAUACGUUCUUAUCAACAAACAAAAAAUUGACUGGACACCAUUAUCAUCGACCAUACGAAGAUAUUAAAGCCUCAGGCAGUGCUGCUAGUUCAGAAGAUAGUUGCUACGGAAGUAAUGAUUUAUCAAGAUCAAGUUCAAAUGUACAAGGUGUUGCACGACCACUUCUUACACAACAACAUCGAUCGUCAAGUCUUAGUUCAACUAGUGUUGAUUAUGCUGUUCCGACACCACGACAACAAUCUAUAUAUACGAAUAAAAUAAAUAUUGUACCUGUUCAUCAAUCAAGUACUGAUACUAAUGUUGAACAUUCUCAACCACAACAACUUAAAACAUUUAAUUCACCUGGAAUAUCAUCAUCAUCAAAUCAUUAUAAUUUAAAGAAAACCGUUCAUUCAUUAACACGACGUCCUAUUGUUGGUUUACAAUCAUCUUAUUUACCUUAUGAUUCAAUUGAUACACCACCAUCACCUCCAAAUCAUUCAUCAGCAACUAGUACAACAUCGAGAGAAUAUAGUAUUUGA